UCCGCCCCCGGCCUGGCCCGGCCCGGCCACGGGCCCGUUCGUCCGCCACCCCGCAUGGAGCUGUCAGCCAUCGGCGAGCAGGUGUUCGCUGUGGAGAGCAUCCGGAAGAAGCGCGUGCGGAAGGGUAAAGUCGAGUAUCUGGUGAAGUGGAAAGGAUGGCCCCCAAAGUACAGCACGUGGGAGCCAGAAGAGCACAUCCUGGACCCCCGCCUGGUCAUGGCCUAUGAGGAGAAGGAGGAGAGAGACCGAGCGUCGGGGUAUAGGAAGAGAGGUCCGAAACCCAAGCGGCUUCUGCUGCAGCGGCUGUACAGCAUGGACCUGCGGAGCUCCCACAAGGCCAAGGGCAAGGAGAAGCUCUGCUUCUCCCUGACGCGCCCACUCGGCAGCGGGAGCCCUGAGGGGGUGGUCAAGGCGGGGGCGCCUGAGCUGGUGGACAAGGGCCCUUUGGUGUCCACCCUGCCCUUCCCGCUCCGCAAGCCCCGAAAGGCCCACAAGUACCUGCGGCUCUCACGCAAGAAGUUCCCGCCCCGCGGGCCCAACCUGGAGAGUCACAGCCAUCCACGGGAGCUCUUCCUGCAGGAGUCACCGGCCCCGGACGUCCUGCAGGCAGCCAGCGAGUGGGAGCCUGCUGAGCAGCCCCCUGAAGAGGAGGCAGAUGCAGACCUGGCAGAGGGGCCCCCUCCCUGGACACCUGCGCUCCCCACAAGUGAAGUGACAGUGACCGAUAUCACCGCCAACUCCAUCACCGUCACCUUCCGUGAGGCUCAGGCGGCUGAGGGCUUCUUCCGAGACCGCAGCGGGAAGUUUUGAAUCACCGUUUUUACUUUCUUAAACUGUUUUCUUUUGGGCUUGGGGUGGGGACUUCCAGAGAUGGGGAAGGGUUGAAGGUGGGGUAAUUAUUUUAUUUAAAAAUAUGGAACAGGAGAAGGGGGAAGAUCCCAACACUCUCCCACCAUCCUGCCCCUUGCUGUGUGAGUGAUGUUUACAGAGAUGCCUCCAGGUCUGUUUCUGGUGAGGGAGAGGGGAGGCCUGGCACUGCGCUGUCAGUUUGGGUACAAUGUCCAGGGCAGAAUGGGGACAGGGCCACCCUCCCUUGGACACCUCCGUCACCAUUCUGCUCUAGACACAGCAGCUCGUCCUAGUUACUACAGGAGACUGGAAAGGCCCAAAGCCUCCCCCAGCAACCCACCCCAGCCUUUCUGGUUGAUUUUUCCUUUUCCCUAUUUUUGGUGGGGAGGGGUCUUUAUUUGUAACUUUGCACUCCAGCUUGCGGUGGGGUGGGAGGCUGCCUUUGACCAGGGUGAGGUCAGAGAGAAGGGGUAAAAGGAAGGGUUAGAGAUUGCUGCAGUGUCCCGUGUGCCCAGUUCCUGCAGGGAGGUCCCUGCCUUCCCCGGGGUCUCAGCAGAGCUGCACCUCCGCCCGUCCCUGCCUGUGAGAAACACUCGUGUGCACGCCCAGCUGCACGGGCUCACGCACACCCCACCCUCUUGCCCCAGUGAGUGCGUGCAUGUGCCUGCAGACGUGUGCAGUGGGUCUUGCAAAUCUCCACUUAGAAGCUCCGAUCAGGUGAAUGUGGGGUGAUUCACAGCACAGAACAACUUGCCACGGGCACCACACACUCUCCCCUUCUGGCACAGCCCAUUGCGUGACAGGACCUAGCCCAAGUCCCUUUGCUGGAAGCUGUCGGCGGGCCUGGCCAUGGCCAGCCGGGGGUGUGAGCUCCCUGCGGACGGGCCAGGCCUCCGAGCAGCUCUGGCUGAGGCACUUGGGCCCUGUGCUUCCUCGCGAGGGGCUCCUGUUCUCUCUGACUCAGGUGACUUUCCAGCCCUUCCCGCUCCCCUUUCUUUGCCCUCUCCUCAGCUCAGCCCACGCUGGGUGUGUGGGUGGUGGUCAGGGAGGGAGGGCAUGUCCCACCACCUUCUCAGGGCAGCCUCAACUCCCUGCAUCCUUCCUCCUUACAUUCUGUACCCCUCUCCACCGCCGUCCAUGCCGAAGCUGGGCUGGCCUUGUUCCCCGUGGUGGGGCCUCUGCCAUGUCUUCCUGCGGCCGGGCCCACUCCACCCACGCACAGGAGGCUGCCUGCCGGGAGGAGGGGCACUCACUUUCUAGUUUGCACACGUACCCUGUGGACUGGUAGCUUCCCUGGCAGUGAGGAAUGACUUCUCCCCUCCCCAGCCCUCUAGGGGAGAAAAAGCCAGGUGACUGGGGGGUGAGAGCUGGGGGUGCCAGAGAGCAAGUGAAGCCUGGCCCCCCCACCCUUCCGCACCUGCGCUGUGCCGUUUGAGGCAAGGGCAGGGUGAUUCCUCCCCAGACCCCUGCUUCCCAAGCUCCCAAACCAAAGACAGCCUGCACCCCAUUUCUGUUUCGGGUGCCCUGCUGGCAAGAUUCUCAAGUCCCUGGUCUCUCUCCUCUUCCUCCUGAAUCCUUCAUUGUCCAGGGUCAAUUUAGUGCUUCCAUUGAGGGACAGUCCCCUCCAGAGUGACUUGAUUCCCCCCAGCCUGGGGAGUUGAAUCUAGAGGAUUAAGUGGGGUGGGUCAGGGAAGGGAGGGGCAGCUGCGGGACCCUGGGAGGGGAAAGGCAGCUGGAGUUGGGCACUCUCCCGGCGCGGUGCUGGAGGGCGGGGCAGGGAGGGCCCUGAGUGCUGUCGGCUCCUGGUGAGCAGCUUCCAGUGUAGGUCAUGCUCCACACGCCAGGGGACACGGACCUCUCUGUCCCGUGGGCACUUUCAGAGAGCUGUUUGUGCAGUUUGCAGAAUCAGGACCUGGGGGCCUUUUGUAGAAUGAGGCAGACGUUUUUCUUUUGGCAGCAACGGAACACUUCUUACUCAGCCUUUCCCCGGCGCCCUGUCUCAGAGAGGGCUCAGCCCUGCAGGAGCCUGCUCCCUGGGAGAAGGGCUGUGGUCCAUUAGGACCCCCUCCCCCAGGACGUAGACCUCUAUGAGGGGUCGGGUGUGGCCUUGCAGGCCUCUCCUGGCCCUGAGUGUUCCAGCCUGAGAGGGGAAAGGGGAACACUGGCCUCCCACUCACCCCACCUCCACCCAGGCCAGUGGUCGAGGGGUGGGGGCUUAGAAAGCUUGGACCACCUGCCUCUCUUCCCCAGCUCCCACCCGUUUGAAUGUAGGUGGUACUUUUCUUUUGCUAUGAGAUUGGACAAGAAGGAUGUUCUCCACCCCUGGCAAGGCCACUCGUAAUGCCGCCGCAAGCCCUGUUGGACAACACACUGGUCAUCGCCCCGUUGAUCCCAUUGCCAACUUCUCUCCUGCUGAGGGAAGGCCCUAUGCUUCUGUGUCGCUUUGCUUUAUAAGUGGCCAGCCUGGCCUCCAGGUCUCAGCACAAGAACGCUUCCUUUGCACAGAAUGAGCAGUGAGCUUUGUUCAGACGAAAUGAAUGUACUUGGGAGGGUUGGGCGUGAACUGACCCCAGCACGUGCCUUUCUGAGUGGUGUGUGCUGGGGGAGCCAGAGUGGAUGCAGAGCUCGGUUUUAUUUUUGUACUGACAUUGGGAAGAGACUGUGUAGCAUCUAUUUAUUUAGAUGAUUUAUCUGGUAAAUGAGGCAAAAAAAUUAUUAAAAAUACAUUAAAGAUGAUUUUAAAAAAAGUUCUUGUGCAUUCAGUUCCUCUUUGAUGGCAUCACUGCUGUGCCAAGGAAAGAGCUUGCCCUCCAGGGCGAGCCUGGGGUUUAGGCCCGAGGUCUGCCAGGUACUGACCAUGACCUUGGACAGGUCAGUUUUCUGUGACCUUCAGUGUAGAAUGAAGACGA